UCCGCAAGCGUGUAGUAUCUGUGUUGUUUCGUGGAAUCCAAUAUAUGUAUAAACCUAGCGUUUGGAAAGCAAUACAGGAAAAAAUGGAGCGCGUCACAGCUACCAAUGAAUUGGCUCCAACGUUGCCGGAUCCAACGUUGUCCGGAUUACCACACGAACUACAAAACCCACAGAUCGAAAUAGAGGCUUCAAACGUACGCUCAAGUUUGGCCGAAAUGGAAACGCAAGUCUCUAUCUUGCUAAACCGCUGGGAAAAUGUACGAAGCAGGUCCAUUCAAAAGCGCCGCUCGCUUGACUCGAUGCCGGACGAAUUAACAAUUCCCGUAGGCACUGAUUUGUCGAGGAAAACUCCUUCUGAAGUUCUGGCUAGGUUGGAGUGGCUUCUUGCUGGUUUCACAUCCAUGAACGACUUCAACGGUCAGGAACACAUCUUGCCAGCACUCGACGAAGUCUCGCACCUCGCGGUCCUACAGCACGCUACUGCCGCUUAUUUGAACUCGUUCGAGCGUCCGCAAGGGCUAACACGGAUCGCACAACAUCUAGCCUCCGAAACAUUGACGUGGCUGGUUUCUUUGUUUAAGUUUGACUCCAGUCAUGCCGGCUACUUUCGGGACGAUGCUGAAUGUUUAUUUCAUGCACUGCGGAUGGCCCUCGUCAAUCAACGGAACGUAAACCGCCGUCAACGGGCACCGGAUGUGGUCAUUUACCUGUCCGAGAUGGGAUAUCUUUUCACAGUUCAGAAUGUGUGUCGUUAUCUGGGCCUGCCCCUUGCUUGCAUUCAAAUUGUACCGUGUGUCUCACGAGUCUCUAACACCAUCGAGGACGAAACCUCCGAACAGACAGCGGCAACUGGUCAAAUGGACAUUAACGCGCUGGAGAAGUUGUUGAAAACCGAUGAGGCGGCAGGACGGCAACCACUUUUUAUUAUGGCCACGGCCGGUUCACCUAUAACAGGCUGCUCUGAUGACUUAGUUGCGCUGGGUGCACUGUGUUCCUCUCACAAUGUUUGGCUGCAUUGUCAGGGACUUGGGCUUGCGGCGCUUGUUCUAACUUACCGUUUCACCCCAAAUGUAAAUGCAAACCGAUCGGUUAUUGCGAUUUCUAUAAACUUUCUACAAAUUGUUAUUGCUUUCCUACAGAAUAUUUGGCCCACGUCAUUGACCCUCAAUCUCAACACUUGGCUUGGGGUAUCCGGUUUACCAGCGGUUCUCCUUUGCCAGCAAACGAGCAGCCGAGAGAUGACACUGUUCGACAACGAGUCGAUUAUAGCGAAUCGUAUGAAUUGCCUUAGUGUGUGGUCUGCGUUGCAAACGCUUGGCACCGAAGCAAUCGCCUCACGUAUCUUUGCAGCGUUCGAUUCGUGCCGAGCAUUCUACCAAAUGCUUCUACCCAUCCACGGCAUUAAUGUGCUAAGCAAAAAGCUGUUAGAGGAUUCUAGCGAGAAAUACCGGAAUUUGUUGAGCAACGCGUCCAACUUAAAUAGCUUGUUGCAAUUGGCUGUGCCUACAGUAAUAUUUCAAUUCGACGGUUGCGACACAUUGCUUGUGGAUAACGAUAGAGAAACCACGUUCUCGUCAUCGGAUGGUACUAAGUAUUUUAAGAAGACUGCAGCAAAUGCCGAAUAUUAUGAUCGGCUUAACAGUUGGCUUGGUCAGAUUCUACUGCGCGAUUGCAGUCAGCUCGCCCUAGAAAUCAUCGAUCACGAGCAGCAUGGCAUCUGCAUUCGAUACCACCCUUUCAUACCUGGGUAUGGAGACCAACUCCUGCUCGCUACCACGCCGGUAGCGUUUGUCGAAGUCGCAAACUUCAUUCGCGCACAAAGCGAAAUCCUGCAUGCCACUAUUCGGCAUCGCAUGCGUUUCAAUGACAUAGUGGAAGAAAGUAGCGUGCUACGAUUGGUCGAGCUGAAUGAUUGGGCCGGACUCGGUGGCGUUCACUACAUACCCGAAGGAUGGGAAACAUUGCUCAACGAUCAAACAAAAGCGGAGCUGAACAAACUAAAUUCGGCACUAGUGGACGAACUGCAAUCCACUGACGGCGCGUUUUCGCUUGGCGAAAGUAGUGAUGGAUUAAUUUGUGUCCGAUUCGGCAUGGUAACCAGCGACACAGACAUCGAGGAGCUACUAGAGCUGGUGAUUAGUACUGCCCGGUCGAUACAAGAGCAUUCGAAGAUACUCGAUACGAUGUCAAAAAUCCUGAAGAAGGGUAUCGAGGCGGCAACGAUUGAUUUGCAACGCGAGGCCGAGGAAAAGCUAUGGCAGGAAGGAAUUCUGCGUCAAAUGCCACUGGUCGGACGCGUUGUUAACUGGUGGUCACCUGUUGCGAAAGAAUCUGGCAUGAAGGGUCGCAGCCUUAACCUCACACAGGGUGUGGUUGAAAGUACUGAAAAUAUUUAUAAAUAUCACAUGCAGAUGACACCUAAAACAUCUAAUCAACUGCCUAGCAAUAAGGGUCCACCGGCGCCGCUAGUACAGAAACCAAUUCACACCAUCGUCGACGAAAUUCGUCCGCUUCGUUCGCGUAACCCUAGCUCAAGUAGUGAGCUAUCUGGUAGCGGUGCAGCUGUGGUUCGCGCCAUCUUUCCAGCUUUUUCUAAAUCUUCUGUAACUGCUGCCGGUAACGAAUUGACACUGGAAUCACUAUCAACAGACGCAGCUACCAUACAAUAAGGAAUGUCCAAAUGUUUCACUGAGUCAGCCAACUGCAACAGUAGAGUGUUUACCAAAGGCUCAAAGGAUUUUUUUACAUUUUUAUUGGACUUCUUUUGAUGCUCAGGAUUUUCCGUUGGAGAGGCCGUAAAUUACGACUAUAAUCAGUUUGGGCUGAAAACUAAUUUCGCUAGAAAACGAACUAUAUACCAAAUACUUUCAUACACCAUUAGCUCUUAAGAGGUAUUAUGCAGUUUUUGAAAUAACCGUACAUAAUUAGUUUAAUGAAACCUAGCAGUAGCAACAGUGGAAUGUUCGGAGACCAAGAAUGCAUUCCGCGUUUUUUUAUUUACACUCCGGACGCUGUUAAAGGUUAGCUGUUCGCCGUUCAAAGGAAUUUUCGCCACUUUGCUUUCACUUAACGAAGCGGCGGUAGUUUGUACUUCACUUUUCUCAAACAAACUGUGGCUGGCAAGUUAUAAAAUUCCAUUUUUUUUCUUCCACCCUCCGCGUCAAUAAAUUUGUUUCUUAAGAUACGACAUAAGACAUACGAUUAUGAAGUUGAAACUUACACCAAAAAAUCGCACCAGAGUGGUUUAGUGAAGAUAACUUCAAAUAAUUCGGUUUUGUGUUGUCUAUGGGAGUGGCAAAAUGAGAACGCUUCUUUAACACAUGUUGCUCACUUUUACUUUGUAUGUGUAAAUAUGCAAAUAAAUAAUCCCUUGGCUUCAUACGCAUAGAUCAUAGGUUUAAUACGGAUAGCUUCCGUGGAACCGAUCUAUAAACAUCGUACAUGUCCCAAA